AUUCAGAAGUCAUGAGUUGUCAGAGAUAACGCACUGUUAUUGCCUGACUUAAUGCCAGUGAACUGGAGUGAGCUGCAUCCACGUUAAACUGCCAAGUUUAGUUUUGUUUCCUCCCCCAGCCUCAUCCGGUCAUGGCCGAGUUAGUUUCGUUUCUCCCCCGCAGUUUCCGCAUUUCUCUGACGCUCCAUCAUGGCGGCGGUGGACGAGAGUCCGUUUUCUCUGAUUAGUCUGGAGGAUGAGCUGACCUGCAGCAUCUGUCUGAGUCCCUUUGACUGCCCGGUGACCAUCCCCUGCGGACACAACUUCUGCCAGGACUGCCUCCUCGCCACCUGGAAGGACUCCUACAGCUGUCCUCAGUGUCGGACCCACUUCGCCACCAAACCGGAGCUGAAGAAAAACACGGUCCUCAGCAGCGUCGUGCAGACCUUCAGCUUGAGGAGCAAGAGCAAGAGCAAGAGCAAGAGCGAAGCCACCCUGAUAGCAGAGGAGAGCGAAGCCGAGAAGGAGGAUGUCAUACGUUGUGACACAUGCAUGGAAGCAGAAGCGUCGCAGACCUGCCUCACCUGCAUGGCCUCUUUCUGCGAGGAGCACCUGCGGCCUCACCGGGAAAACCCCACCUUUAGGCUCCACCAGCUGAGUCAGCCCCUCGGCGACCUGUCGGAGCGGAUCUGCCCGGACCACCACAAGCUGAUGGAGCUUUUCUGCAGCCAACACAGCCGUCCUAUCUGCAGCCUCUGCCUUCAGCAGGUGCACAAGGGCUGCUCCUUCAUAUCCCCCGAGGAGAAGAGGAACCUGACAGAGCUUGACUUGAAAGACAAGCUGCGUUUGCUGGAUGGGAAAAUUGAAAAGACUGAGACUGCUGUGUUUCAAAUAAAUGACACGCAAAGCAAGCUAAAGGACGCAGCAACCAAAAGGAAGACAGCAUUGACAACUGUGUAUCAACAGAUUCGGGAUAUGUUGGACCAAGAACAAUGUCAGGCCCAGCUUGACGUGGACCACGAGCUGGACAUUUGCCAGAUGAAACUUCAGGACCACAACCAGAAGUUGGCUGACAAUACUGUCAAAAUGACAAAAGCCAAAGAACAAAUCUACAGCCUGCUGAGUCAAUCCCAAACCUUGGCUUUUCUCCAGACUUCAUUUGACUUCAAUGCUACAAAGUUUAAAGACGCUUCUCCCCCUCGAAUCAACCUGGACUCCAAGAAUGUGACAGCAACACAGGCCUUUUCUGCUCUCCUGAAGGAGUAUCUGACAGAGAUCCUUAAACAGCCUGUUGAGGCCAGAUUAUUCAUACUUAAACCAGAACUUAACCCUGGCUUUGUUGCAUCUGACAAAAAAGCAGUUCCUGUCUUAACACCUGCAAGUACUGGAUCUCAACCUGAAUCCGUAACUAAGCCUCCACAGCAGAGAAGACAGCCCAGGUCGCACAGUACAGGUCGUCCACUCAUCCAGUUAUUCCAGCCAGUUCCUGGACCAAUUUAUCCUUUUAUGGGGUCACAAGCAGGCUGGAAUCCACCUCAGUUUGUGCAAGGCCAGCCACCAGGCUAUUAUCCGGGUCCACCAUUUAUGGCAGGACAAAAGACAAAUCAGGCCAGAAGGCACCCUAAUGCUUCAGGCAGAAAUAUGCCAAGUACCAAAGGAUUUGACUCCAAUCAAUUCUACAAUCCCAGAAGAUAAAACCAACUAGACACCAUCCAUAGCCUAAUAAAAAUAACUGACACUACUUUAUGUCUUAAACAUCAUAGAGACACAUACACAAAACCAGUUGUUGGUGCUUAUUUGCAUUGCUUUAUACAAUAGGCACUGCGGAUAUGCAGUUCCUUUGAAAUAAACAUGUUAUUCUACCCAACAGGAGCAUAAUGUAUGGCUGCUGUUAUCUCUAAAUAGGGAUACCCCCCUCACAUUCUAAAGAGAUAUAUAAUGUCAUAAUUAAAACACAGACAUGUUGCUUAUUUAUUUCUGAAAAUAUUUAUGGUAAUGUCUUCAAAUUCAAAAGAUUGCUUCAUUACAUUCAAUUCAAUCAAAAUCUGUUUUUGUCACCUGUAGUAACAAUUUCACUUUACUAGCAUUUUUUGUAAACUGCUAUGAUUUACUUGUUACCAAUAAAAGCUUAUUCUCUUACUUUGUAUUCUCAUUCCUGUCUAGCAGAGGCCACAUAAGGACCAUAUCGUGGUCAAAGUAAAAUGUAUUGUGUUUCUGCACAUUCGUAUCAGCAUUUUGGGUUCUCUUAACUCUACAGA